ACAGGCAAGAAGCAGGAGGAGAUAAGGGGCUGGUGAAAUCUUAGAAGCUCAGAGAGCCGAGACUGAGCAGUGCGACCCCGCAGAGAGAGGAGUCAGGAUGGAGGCGAACAGUCCCAGGAAGAUCCAGUUCACUGUCCCAUUUCUGGAGCCACAUCUGGACCCUGAAGCUGCAGAACAGAUACGUAGAAGAAGACCAACACCAGCCACACUUGUUCUGAGCAGUGACCAGUCAUCUCCAGAGAUAGAUGAGGAACGGGUCCCCAACCCUUUACAAAAGUCUUUAUCCAUGUCCCCUCAUCAGAGAAAAAAAAUGUCCCGUAUAACACCCACCAUGAAAGAACUCCAGCUAUUAGCAGAACAUCACCUGUGCAAGCAGGGAUCAGAGGAGGAGAAGAUCCCCCAUCUCCAGAACAACCUGGAUGACAGGCCUGACUUGGGAUGCUGUUGCCAUGGUAACACAGCCUCCACUCAAGCUUCACAGUCGCAUAUACCAUGUAGCUGUUUUACCCAGGAUGGACAGCACGAUACUAAUUCCCUCGGAAGCAGACAUUCUAGUCAUGUGUCUGAUGGGAAUAUGCAAAUAUGUGAGCCAAAAAAACAGAACAGCCACAUAUCUUUCAUAGAAGACAAAUAGGUCUGGAAAAGCAGAAAAAUUGUCAUUGAGUAUGAAAGAAGGGUGGAGGAAAACCCCAGCUCAGUACCGUGGGUUUAUAACACAUAAAGAAUUGUCAGCUCCCUCCUUAAAAAAAUUAAUUUUCCUUACCUCUCUGCUACUGGGAAUCUGGAGUCUGCACUGAGUUAUGAGCAAUAAACUGCAGGCUUCUCUGGAAGCAAAGAAGUUCAAGAAAACAUUGCUUUGUGUUUGAUAUCUUGCCUCUGUACUGUAUGUCUUAUAGGGAAAGUGUGUGUGUAUAUGCAGAAAGCCAAACUGGCUGCUGCUCUGCCAAUUAGUGUGUUAGCCCUUAUUAGCCCUCAGGAUGAGACUGGAGGAUAUAACAUGUGAAUAUAAUAAAAUCAUUUGUUUUUUUUUGGGUUUUGCUUAAAAGAAAAUUUAACUUGUGUCUGUAAAACAUAUCUAGGCCCAACGAAACUUGUAGAUUAAUAUACACUGUACCUAGAAAGAUAAAUCUUCAGCUUACACAAAAGUCACCUGCAAUACCUCAAAUAAAAUGAAGGAUCACUUACACAAAAUGUGCCACACUGAUGUACAACUGGAGCACCUGUAUUGGUAACAUUCUAAUGUCAAAUUCUUAAUAAAAUGGAGGAAACGUU